CCCAUGUCUGAGACUGAGAGUUCCAGUGUUUGUACUGUUUAUUUCCUAUUUCUUGUGUAUUAAUACUCAUUCGAUUUUCUGAUAAUUGGGGUGCCUCAGAGGUUUUCCUUUUUGCUUUUUUUUUUGUGUGUGUGGGGAGGGCUUGCGGUAGGCUCAGGAGAAACUGGUGCUUCAUGUACUAUAUUAUACAAUCAUGUAAUGCUCCUCUAUCUCAAUUGAAGUGUUCCUAUUUCUUGGAAUUUUGGGCACAGUUAUCCAGGUUGGACUUGAAUUUUGUUUUAAUUAAUUUGAAUGGUCCGAAAUAGAGAUCCCACAAUAUUUUCUGGAAAAAACCCAAUGGAAAAGUUUCGAAAGUAAUGAAAAAGCCUCUCUUUCAGGAAAGUGGAAGAACUUUGAGACAACUCAAAAUAGAGGGUAAAGCAAUCAAUUUGGAACCAAGGAGGAAUACUUACAGUUUUAGCUGUUGAAAAUGAUCUCCAGUUCAUUAAAGAAGAUAUAAGUGCUGUGGAGAAACAUAGAAUGGAAUUGUAUAGGGCAAGGGGUAGAUAUGCAGCAAAGAUGAGAAUGCUAGUAAAUGAUUCUUCUGCUGUGACAAUUCGGCCUUCAUUGAUAGAUAAGCAAGGUAGUGGCAUUAUUUCUGGUUCCUCAAUUUCACAGCGACAAGGAUAUGCUGCUUCAGACACUUCACAGAACAGGAAAACAGAUGCAAGAGCUCUAGAGAAUGUUCACAGGACAGAUUCCGACUCACAGAAUUCUGAUCAAUCUGGACUUGCGACAGCAAGAAAGAGAAGUAUCUACGCACAGCUCGAUGAUAUACAAGGUUAUUAUUUGCAAAAACGGCGACACUGCACAAAACAGUCACAUAGACAGGAAGAAACGGUAGCAAACGUCAUAAACAGAGAAGGUUAUUGUGCCGGACUUGAGGAUUUUCAAUCUGUUCUAUCUACCUUUACACAAUACAGUCGGUUGCGGGUUGUUGCUGAACUUAGGCCUGUCGAUCUUUUCCACUCAGCUAAUAUUGUCUCAAGUAUUGAAUUUGAUCGAGAUGAUGAAUUUUUUGCUACAGCUGGCGUGUCGAGAAGAAUCAAGGUCUUUGACUUUUCAUCAGUGGUAAAUGAACCAGCUGAUGCACAACGUCCUGUUGUUGAAAUGUCUUCACGAUCCAAACUUAGUUGUCUGAGCUGGAACAAGUACGCAAAGAACCACAUUGCGAGCAGUGACUAUGAAGGCAUAGUAACCAUUUGGGAUGUGAGCAGUCGCCAGAGUGUGGUGGAGUAUGAGGAGCAUGAAAAACGAGCAUGGAGUGUUGAUUUCUCUCAUACUGAUCCUUCUAUGCUUGUGUCUGGCAGUGAUGAUUGCAAGGUCAAAGUUUGGUGCACGAAGCAGGAGGCAAGUGUUAUUAGCAUUGACAUGAAAGCAAACAUUUGCUCUGUGAAGUACAAUCCUCAAUCCAGCUUUCAUAUAGCUGUGGGUUCUGCUGAUAAUCAUAUCCAUUAUUAUGACUUGAGAAAUAUUAAGCAGCCGCUGCAUAUUUUCUGUGGACACCAUAAAUCUGUUUCAUAUGUGAAAUUUUUAUCCAACAAUGAGCUGGCGUCUGCAUCAACGGAUGGUACAUUGCGUUUGUGGGAUGUCAAGGAGAACAUUCCACUGCGAAAUUAUAGAGGACAUACAAACGAGAAGAACUUUGUGGGUCUUGCAGUAAACAGUGAAUACAUUGCCUGUGGCAGUGAAACAAAUGAAGUGUUUGUCUAUCACAAGGCGAUUUCUAAGCCAGCAGCAUCGCACAAAUUUGAUUCUGACCAGAAUGAUCCAGAUGAGGACAUGGGAUCACAUUUCAUUAGUUCUGUUUGUUGGAAGCGCGAGAGCCCAACCAUUUUAACAGCAAAUAGUCAAGGGAUCGUACAAGUGCUUGUUCUUACUGCUUGAUGAGUAAAAGUAGAACGAUAAAAAGAUAAAAGCACGACUAAGGAGCUUCUUAUGAAGGAAUAGAGGUACCAUGCCCCUGCACCAAUUCUCCAUUGUACGUGUGUGACCGGUUUAUUAGGGUAAUUAAUGAAGAUUGUUUUUGAUCUUUGUUGCUCCUUUUAAACCAAUUUGACUGAUGGGGAUGGGGAUGUAGCUCCAAAGGGUGUCUGAUUAUACGGUACUUAAUGUACUUAAGUUGCAGCAAACAUCAUGUUUAUGGUUCAAGUGCAGCAGUUCAGAGAAAAAGAUUGUUUCUUCAAACUUCAUUGGAAAGUCUAAAAACAUAAAAUCUUCUUGUGGGAUGAAGGUUUUUCUGUUCAAUUUCCAUGCCUUGGCAGUCUGCUUUCAACAACAAAAAAGACUUUAUCCCUACCCCGACAGAGCAGCAAGGUUGUUUCCAAUAUAGACCCUCAGCUAGUCCUCUUUUUACCAACAAAAUUGUACUGUUGUAACUUUGGAGGGGAGGUAGUAUUCAUUUUUCAUGGACAUGUUGGGGAUACCAAAUUUUGUAAACGUGGAACAUUAGUCACACAAGACCAAGCCUCUAAAUGAAGGAGGGAUUAUUUUGUUGCGUCUUCUAUAAGAGGAAGAGCAUAGACAGUUCCUAUUUAGAAUGAAUUCACUUUUAUCAAUUCCUAUUCAGAUAAAUAUUGGAGAGAUUGUGCACUAAAUAUUUGUAUGUUUAGUGCCAAUCUUGGUUCCUCUUGCCUUUUAUCUUGGCUUAGAUUGUGCCAUUUUGUUAAUGCCAAUCUUGGUUCCACUUGCCUUUUAUGCCACGCUACACUUUUUAUA